GAGAAGGAGAGAGAGGAAAAGAAAUAUCAAAAACAACGAAGUCGUCGCCAUUGAUGAUUUCGCGACCUCCUUCUCGUUUUUUUUUUUUUGUUUUUUCCCGCGAAAUCAUCAUUCUUUUAUUACUUUCCUCGAAUACUCCCUUGCUCAUGUAGCCACCAUGCUCCGUGUUUCUUUUUCUCUUUUCUCUUUUUGUUUCAUUCCCUCUUGUGUGUUUUUAAAUUGAUUUCUUCCAUUCUCACGUUUCUACAAAAAUAAAAAAUUUGACAUUUUCUCUCAUUUUCUCGGCCACCAUAUGGCGAAUGGAAUGUCUGUUUAUAAUACAUAAACGCAUCAAGUCAAAAUGGGUGAUCUAGUCUCCGUUCAAAGCUUCCUGCUUGCUCGUUACAGAGGAAAAAAAAGUGAAAAAAAAUUAAAUAUUCAAAUAUACUGCAUUCCGUCUCCUAGAUUCCUUCUGGGUUCUGUAGGUUUUAAAAGGCCCGCUUAAUUCUCACGACGUUCUGAUUUCCAUAGUGUUUCGGUUCUGGGUACACUUGUUUUGUGAAGAAGAUAGCCGUUCUCCCUAUCCCAAUAGAAUUCGUAGAUUGUGAGCUUAGUUUAUGGUUGACGUGGAAUAGUUUUUUUUUUUUUUUUUUUUUUUUCUGCUAUAGAGAGUCUCCCCUGUGCUGCUUGCUUGUAUUUAUUAAUCAUAUCUCGAAUUUUAACUUACGGGUUUUUGGAGCUAUUGCCCUUAAAGUCGACGAGGUCUUUGUUGUCUUCCUGGUAAACUGGAAUUUCUCAUCUCCUUUCACUUUUCUGGCUGCCUCUAUUUAAUUUUUUUUUUUCUUUUAAUGAAGUUUGGGGCCUGUAAUUUCUGGGUGUACGUUAGCUAUCUGCUGUAUUUAUGAGUGCGGUAUGCCUUUAAGGUAGAGGACCUUGCCUCUUUUACUGAUUAGGAUUUGGAUUUUGUGGCUUUGGCUCCUUGAAGGAGACUGCAUUUACCGCUGAAGAUUGAUUUGUGGCAAGAGCUUAUUCUUGUUUAAUUUUCUGGGCCUCUCUCUCAUCUCCCGCUGGUUUUGUUCAAUACUGUGUACUCUAUUCCUCAAAAAGGAAAAGUGUACUGGUAAUGCAAAAAGAGAGAAAGACACAGAGAAUGGGCGGUGGGAAAAGGAAGAGGCUGCAUUUCAGUAAGAUCUAUUCGUUUAGAUGUGGUAAAGCUUCUUUCAAGGAGGAUCAUUCUCUGAUUGGAGGACCUGGAUUCUCAAGGGUGGUUUUCUGUAAUGAACCUGGCUGUUUUGAGGCAGAUAUUCAAAAUUAUGUUGGCAACUAUGUCCGCACUACAAAAUAUACUCUUGCUUCUUUUUUGCCUAAAUCAUUGUUUGAGCAGUUUAGGAGGGUAGCCAACUUCUUUUUCUUAGUAACUGGCAUCUUGGCCUUCACUCGUCUGGCUCCUUAUUCUGCUGUUAGCGCUAUUCUACCUUUGAUUCUGGUGAUUGGUGCAACAAUGGUAAAAGAGGGUGUUGAAGAUUGGAGGCGGAAGCAGCAGGAUAUUGAGGUCAAUAAUAGAAAGGUUAAAGUGCAUCAGUCUGAUGGGGUUUUUGAUUACACUGAAUGGAAGAAUCUGAGAGUGGGAGAUAUUGUGAAGGUAGAGAAGGAUGGAUUCUUUCCAGCAGACCUCCUUUUGCUUUCAUCCAGUUAUGAAGAUGCAGUCUGCUAUGUUGAGACAAUGAAUCUGGAUGGGGAGACAAACUUGAAGCUAAAACAAGGAUUGGAGGCAACUUCAAUCUUCCAUGAAGACUCUGACUUUGGUAACUUUAGAGCUAUUGUUAAAUGCGAAGACCCAAAUGCAAACUUAUACUCCUUUGUUGGAAGUAUGGAGUUUAAAGAGGUCCAAUAUCCCCUCACGCCUCAACAGCUUCUCCUCAGAGAUUCAAAGCUCCGAAACACAGACUACAUAUAUGGAGCUGUUAUUUUCACUGGUCAUGACACAAAGGUCAUUCAGAACUCUACUGAUCCCCCAUCAAAAAGAAGUAGAAUUGAGAGGAAAAUGGAUAGAAUUAUAUACUUCAUGUUUUGCAUCUUAUUUUUGAUGGCAUUUGUUGGUUCUAUUUUCUUCGGCAUUGCAACUGAUAAUGACCUGGAAAACGUGAGGAUGAAGAGGUGGUAUCUAAGGCCAGAUAGGUCUGAAAUCUUCUUUGACCCUAAAAGGGCACCCAUAGCAGCUAUUUACCAUUUCCUGACAGCCCUAAUGUUGUACAGCUAUUUCAUUCCAAUCUCCUUGUAUGUGUCGAUAGAAAUUGUCAAAGUUCUACAGAGCAUCUUUAUCAAUCAAGACAUUCUUAUGUACUAUGAGGAGGCUGACAAACCAGCACACGCCCGUACCUCUAAUUUGAACGAAGAGCUUGGCCAAGUUGACACAAUACUUUCUGAUAAGACUGGAACUCUGACCUGCAACUCAAUGGAGUUCAUCAAGUGUUCCAUUGCUGGGAAAGCUUAUGGCCGUGGUGUUACUGAGGUUGAGAGAGCUAUGGGAAGGAGAAGAGGUUCGCCAUUGAUUCAGGAUCAUGAGGAGGCAAACAGGGACAGCCUAACUGAUGAUUCUCCUGAAUCAAGAUCAACCAUUAAGGGCUUCAAUUUCAAGGAUGAGAGAAUCAUGAAUGGAAACUGGGUUAAUGAGCCUCAUGCAGAUGUCGUCCAGAAGUUUCUACGUUUACUAGCAAUCUGCCACACAGCAAUACCCGAAGUGGAUGAGGAUACUGGAAAGGUGUCAUAUGAGGCUGAAUCACCAGAUGAAUCAGCAUUUGUUAUUGCCGCAAGAGAACUUGGUUUCGAAUUCUAUGGGAGGACUCAAACAAGCAUAUCACUAAAUGAGUUGGAUCUGGUGUCUGGCAAAAAAGUUGAAAGGUCAUACCAACUUCUAAAUGUUAUUGAGUUUAACAGCACAAGAAAACGGAUGUCUGUAAUAGUGAGAAAUGAAGAUGGAAAGCUUCUAUUACUUUGCAAAGGUGCUGACAGUGUUAUGUUUGAAAGGCUUGCCAAUAAUGGCAGGGAAUUUGAAGAGAAUACCAAAGACCAUGUGAAUGAGUAUGCUGAUGCAGGCUUGAGGACUCUGAUACUUGCCUACCGAGAACUUAAUGAAAAUGAAUACACAAUCUUCAAUGAGAAAUUCACCAAGGCAAAAAAUUUAGUUAGUGCAGAUAGGGAAACAGUAAUUGAUGAAGUUGCAGAAAAUAUGGAGAAGGAUUUAAUUCUUCUUGGUGCCACAGCUGUUGAAGACAAACUCCAAAAUGGGGUUCCUGAUUGCAUUGACAAACUUGCGCAAGCGGGGAUAAAGAUUUGGGUUUUGACUGGAGACAAAAUGGAGACUGCAAUCAAUAUAGGCUUUGCUUGUAGUUUGCUCAGACAAGAGAUGAAACAGAUUAUGAUAAACCUGGAUACUCCUGAAAUCAAAAUGUUGGAGAAAAUGGGAGAUAAAAGUGAUAUCAACAAGGCAUCAAGGGAAAGUGUCCUGCAACAGAUAGCUGAAGGAAAAAAUGAAGUUUCUGCAUCUGGUGGAAGCUCAGAGGCAUUUGCUCUAAUCAUUGAUGGAAAAUCACUUGCUUAUGCUCUAGAGGAUGAUAUGAAGCAGAUGUUCCUGGAACUUGCAAUUGGCUGUGCAUCUGUUAUUUGCUGCCGUUCAUCACCAAAACAAAAAGCAUUGGUCACGAGAUUAGUUAAGUCUGGAACUGGAAAAACAACUCUAGCAAUUGGUGAUGGUGCUAAUGACGUGGGAAUGCUUCAAGAAGCUGAUAUUGGGGUUGGAAUCAGUGGUGUUGAGGGGGAUGCAGUCAUGUCUAGUGACAUAGCCAUUGCUCAGUUUCGAUAUUUAGAGCGUCUGCUACUUGUGCAUGGACAUUGGUGCUACAGAAGAAUCUCAUCUAUGAUAUGCUACUUUUUCUACAAGAACAUCACAUUUGGUUUCACCCUGUUCUUAUACGAAGCAUAUGCGUCAUUCUCAGGACAACCUGCAUAUAAUGAUUGGUUUUUAUCACUUUAUAAUGUCUUCUUCUCAUCGCUUCCAGUGAUUGCCAUGGGUGUCUUUGACCAGGAUGUAUCUGCAAGGUUUUGUCUUAAGUUUCCUCUACUGUACCAAGAAGGAGUGCAAAAUCUCCUCUUUAGCUGGCGGAGAAUAAUUGGUUGGAUGAUUAAUGGGUUUUUCAGUGCCAUAAUCGUUUUCUUCUUCUGCAUGAAAGCUCUGGAACACCAGGCUUUUAACCAGGAUGGAAAAACUGUAGGGAAGGAAAUUCUAGGCACAACAAUGUACACGUGCAUUGUCUGGGUGGUUAACUUGCAGAUGGCUCUGGCAAUUAGUUACUUCACUUUGAUACAGCAUAUAGUCAUAUGGGGUUCAAUUGCUUUCUGGUACAUUUUUCUCUUGGUGUAUGGAGCCCUUCCUCCCAGUUUCUCUACCAACGCUUACAAGGUCUUCAUUGAAGCUCUUGCCCCGGCACCCUCUUUCUGGAUUGUCACAAUCUUUGUGACAAUCACGACUCUGAUCCCUUCCUUUUCGUAUUCAGCAAUUCAAAUGAGAUUCUUCCCUAUGUAUCACGGGAUGAUACAAUGGAUAAGACACGAAGGACAGUCAAAUGAUCCCGAAUACUGUGAUAUGGUGCGGCAGAGAUCAAUACGACCAACAACAGUUGGUUUCACAGCACGUUUGGCUGCUCGCAGAAAUAGAUUCAGAGAUAGACAUCAGAACCUCAGUAGAUGAAAUCUGGCAAACCCUUUUCAAAUUAAAACCCCAUCAUACCGUAUUAAUCCAGCAAACACAGGAUGUAAAUAUAAAAUACCUGCCUUUCAAUCCGAAACUCUGGCUUCUGUACAAGGCUAUAAAUUAACAUAUAGAGCUUUCUGAGUUAGACGAGUAAGUAAGCUCUGAAAUUGAAGAGCCUUAUGCAGUUGUAAGAUACAUAUGCAGAAAAUGACCCACAUUGUAAAUUUCAGCUCCUGUCCCUUUGAGGGUAUACAAAAUAAUUAAUUCUUUUCUGUAUUUUGAAUUUGUAGUAUCAAUGAGAAAUGUAUUUAAUACGGAAAGAUUUGUUGUAGAUUGGAAAACAGUGCU